UUGUUAAACUUCCUCACAGCCAGAACAAGAAAUACUCUCAACAAAUUCCAUAAAAUAUAUACUGAUAUUGUCAAUUUUUAGUCUUUCAAUUAGCAGCAAUGGAAAUGGUGAACAGCAUGGUUAAGGAAAAGCCAGUAGUGAUAUUCAGCAAGAGUUCUUGUUGCAUGAGUCACUCUAUUAAGUCAUUAAUUUGUGGAUUUGGAGCAAACCCAACAGUUUAUGAGCUUGACAGAAUCCCAAAUGGCCAACAAAUUGAAAGGGCACUGGUGCAGCAACUUGGGUGUCAACCAAGUGUACCAGCUGUUUUUAUAGGCCAAAAGUUUGUUGGUGGUGAAAAACAGGUUAUGAGCCUUCAUGUCCAAAACCAGCUCAUUCCAUGGCUUAUGGAUGCUGGUGCUAUAUGGAUUUAGUUUCAACACAUCUACUGAUGCUAAACAAGCUUAAAUAAGUUUUUUUUUUUCCUUUCUUUUUCCCCUCUAGCUUUGUCUGGUUUUGGUUACUUAAACCAGCUCAAAAUCUCUGUUCACUUGUGCUUUUUUGCAUCGGCAGGAUUAUACUCAUUUUCUGUAACUUAUAAGUCAUGAGCCUGUAUUUUAAUUCACUUUCAGUUGUAAUAUCAUUUAUAAUGAUACACUAAAACUACCACUACCUAUAUCCUCAACUGAAUGUUAAAACUCUGUUUAUCAUUACAGUAGACUGUAUAAACUUAAAUUUUACAGGAGACAUUAAGAAAA